CCCAGCCCUGCGCUCGGUGCCCUGCGCGGCCACGUGGAUGGGAAACGGCAAGUUAUUCCCGAUCAGGCAUUCAAUCUCCGGAUCGCCCACGGGCAUCCCAAGCGAUUCUCGAUAACGAAAAUGGGGCGCCGGUCCAGCACGAACCAUGGGAAAGUUUGGUAGCACGUGGCAGAUGUUCAUGCUCAAAGACCCCAAGCAUACGCGACUCCCGGUGCCACCCCGACUGACACGGUCUUGCAGCGUCGCUUAGGUGACGACUGCACCCGAGUUCGAUGAUAACGAUGGCAUGUGGGCAGCUGGCGUAUAUAGGUAAAUAUGUAGGACCUGACGAUGGCCUAUUCUCAGCCCGUAGUCAAAAGCCAUCCUGCUUCUCGAUCAGACCUACUAGUCGUCACCUAGGUUGCUUGGUCGAGCACCUUGCCUGGGAAACCUCCUUCAGGCGUCCAUUCAUUAAGCCUACACCAUGAAGCCUGUCGUGGUGUCGCUGGCCAUUGUGGCCGCAGCCCUGGCUGAGUAUCGUCACCUUGCUCCCCCACAGGAUAUUCUGAUCGACACCGACAGCGAGACGGCGUCCAACCCCCUCCAGUGGCUCGGUGCGAACAGCCCGUGGUUUGCAGGCCCCAAUGUGAACGGCAUCGACCCCGAGGUGCCCGAGGACUGCUACGUCGAGCAAGCCGCCUACGCGGUGCGCCACGGCUCGAGGUACCCGGAUCAAGGCGCCUACAACGGCUGGGUGUCCAUGCAGCAGAGGUUCGCGCCAGAAAACGGAUACACGGCGUCUGGCAGCCUCUCAUUCCUACCGAAGCGGAGGACCGUCGUUACCAACCCGCCCAUGCAGAUCGCCAUGGAGAGUCCCACCGGGUAUAAGGAGUCAUACGACCUGGGCUACACCUUGAGGACGCGGUAUCCCGACCUGUACAACGACGGCCAGUACUUCCCGGUCUGGGCGAACAACUACACGCGGGUCCUGCAAACGGCGCAGAUGUUUGUCCGGGGCUACCUGGGUCCCUUCGCGCCCACCUACGGGAACGUUGUGUCGGUGACUGCGAAGGGGUUCGUGGGUGCCGUCGGUGACUCGCUGGCGCCGUCCGAUAUGUGUCCCAAUUUUGUCGACACCUCGGGCGCAACGCAGCAGGCCGUCUGGGCCGCGGUCUUUGUUCCGCCCAUCAGGAAGCGGCUGCAGGCCAUGAUCACGGGCAACCUCACCCUGACGGACGGCGACAUCACGCAGAUCCCGUACCUGUGCGGCUUUGAAUCGCAGAUCACGGGCCGCCUGUCGCCGUGGUGUGACGUGUUCACCGACGACGAGCUCAAGUCGUACCAGUACUACAAUGACUUGCGGUACUACUACGGUCUCGGCCCGGGCACGGAUCUGCCCACCAAGAUGAUGACGCCCUUCGUCAACUCGCUCGUCGGGCUGCUGGCCCAAGGCCCCAACGUGACGGGCACCCUCGCCAACGGCACCACGUUCGCCCUCCCGAAACUCCUCAUGGCCUUCAUGAACGACGGCCAGAUCAACGAGAUCGCCGACGUGAUUGGCGUGUUUGACGACCAGGCCCCUCUCGACCCCAGCGUGCGGGAUGACGGCCGGCUGUACAUGGUCAGCCGCUUCAGCACCAUGCGCGGCACCAUCGCGUUCGAGCGGCUUAACUGUGUCGUCGAGGACGGCUCGGAUGACCAUAGCAGCCGUAGUAGCAGCAGCAGCAGCAGCAGUACGAUCCUGUCAACCGUGACCCGAGGCAGCAACACUACUACUACCACUACUGCCACAAUCAUGUCCUCCUUAACGGGCACCGCCACGCACCUAACAACGACAGUGGUGCGAACAGUAACGACGACUGUGUGCCCAACUCCAACUCCCACAGCCGCUACCCUCCUACCGCGCACGAGCAACAACACCCGAAGAAAAAACGAUACAUUCAUACGCAUCCGCCUCAACGACGCCGUGUACCCGGUGCCCUCCUGCAAGAACGGCCCGGGCUCGUCGUGCCCGGUAAGCGACUACGCCGCAUACAUUGCAAAGAAGUACGCGGCGCAGGGUGAUUGGGUCAGGAACUGCAACGUCACCCUGGAAGGGGCGCCGACUGCCGUGCGCGGGGCGAGUUUCUUUACUGAUUUGAGCCAGCCGUGGUUGCAGGAUCUGAAGCCGUAAAGGGGGUUCGUGGGAAGAUAAAAUGGAAACCUGAGGGAGGAGUGGUGUUGUUGACGGGGUGAUGUGCUCCAACGCGAAGAAGGGCGCGAUAUAGGUAGGUACCUAGGCAGUGCGAUGAUGCGACCCUAGACUAUAAAGAGGUUGACGAACUGAUACCUAGGAGCUAGCCGUGGUUUAGAAUAUUGGGGUCUCACGAUGGAGGGUAUGCCCGGCUGGCUUAGUUGGAUAAGUAGGUGGAAGCAUGCGAUGCGACGGCAGCAAGACUUCCAAGUAAGUCGUCUUGAACAACUUAAAGUACUACUAGUAGUAAUGUAAUUGAGUGGUCCGACUUGUAAAGUGAAUCGAAAGCGAGCCGGGCCGAAUACCCCCUUAUGACUGGAUGACGUAAAGCUUCUCAGUCUACCAGUGCUAGAUAGGUGAGAGCCAUCGGAGAUAUACUAUAGACCUGACCCACUCCCUAGCUAUCCCAGGUGAUUAGCUG